UUUAAUACGAUACAAAUUGAUUUAAAUGGCAUAGUUCAGAGGUCAUUUUUUAAAGUAAUCCUUGCAAAAACUUGUAAUUCCCCUUGCUCACCCCAAAAUCCUCGUAACAUGUUUCUUCAAUUAUUAGAUUAGUCGAAGAAGAAGAAGAAGACUACGAGAAUUCACAGAGAAAUCGGUUAUCGAGCAAUGGAGGAAUACCCAGAGGAGAUGAGGAGCCCGCCGGUGAGCUUGGUGGCGGUGGCGGGAUGCCCGGAGCUUCACCAGACGGUGUCGACGCACCUCCACUCUCUGCAGCCUCCGAUCAACUCCCUGGCCUUGCCCGACCUCUCCAAGAUCUCUCUUCUCAUUGCUUCCAAGCCCAAGGACGACCAGAUUCCACGCCCAAACCCAGACGGCAUUCUCAAGCGAGAUUGGCUUCUCAAGCACCGCACCAAGAUCCCCUCCGUCGUCGCCGCCUUCUUCUCCUCCGAUUGCGUCUCCGGCGAUCCUGCCCAGUGGCUCCAGCUCUGCUCCGAUCUCGACAAUCUCAAAGCGGUGAUUCGUGCGAGGAAUAUCAGAUUGGUGCUUGUGGUUGUGCAUUCUCAUUCAAAGGAUGACAUCACUGAAGAUCGAAUGCUUGCUCUACGGAAGCGUGCUGAGAUGGAUUCUAAGUACUUUGUUACCUUUGCCCAAAAUGAUGAGUCUGAACUGAAACAAUCUCUUCACAGGUUGAGCAGCAUAUUUGCAGAACUUGCAAACACGUAUUAUAGAGAUGAAGGGAGAAGGAUUAAGACACGGAUUGAGAAGAAAAUUUAUAGUUCAGUUGAGUUGAACGUUCGUUAUUGCUUCAAGGUUGCCGUCUAUGCAGAGUUUCGAAGAGAUUGGGCUGAAGCUAUAAGAUUCUAUGAGGAUGCCUACCACACACUUCGUGAGAUGAUUGGGACAUCAACUAGGUUACCUGCAAUCCAACGGUUAGUUGAGAUAAAAACUAUUGCGGAACAACUGCACUUCAAGAUAUCAACAUUGUUGUUGCAUGGUGGAAAGAUUGCUGAAGUGGUUAUGUGGUUCCGUCGGCACAAUGCUUCAUACACAAGGCUCGUAGGAGCACCAGAAGCUGUUUUUCUUCACUGGGAGUGGAUGAGCAGACAGUUUUUGGUCUUUGCCGAAUUACUGGAGACAAGUUCGGCAACCAUUCAGAAUAUUUCAUUUCUUGUUGGUAGUGCGGAGCGAUCUUUGACCGAGUGGGAAUUCCGUCCAGCUAAUUACUAUCAAUUAGCUGCUCAAUACUUAAAGGAGAAGAGGACUUCUUUGGAAGUUGCAGUUUCAAUAUCUGAAACUCUUAAUGCCACUGAUAGUAGUGCUGAAUCCGUGGUCCCUUCAACAUAUGUUGGUCAGUUUGCUCGAUUGAUUGAGCAAGGAAAUGAAUUUGUCAUGCAACCCCUGACUGAUGAAGAGUAUAUCCAUUAUGCAAUUUCUGACGGGAAAAGGUUUCAAGAUUCCUUUGAAAUUAUCGCUUUGCUUAAGAAAUCUUAUGAUUAUUUCAGUAAUCUCAAAGUCCAUAGAAUUGGCGCAUUUUGUGGUUUCCAAAUGGCAAGAGAAUACUACGGUGUGGGUGAUUUUAGCAAUGCAAAACAGCUUUUUGAUGGCAUUGCUAGUCUAUACAGACGAGAGGGAUGGGUCACUCCAUUGUGGGAGGUCUUGGGUUAUUUACGAGAGUGCUCGAGGAAACAAAGUAUGAUGAAAGAAUUUGUAGAGUAUUCCCUUGAGAUGGCUGCACUGCCUAUCUCAUCUGAUACUGGUGUCCAGUCUUCCAGAAAAGAAUGUGGCCCGGCUGGACCUGCUAGUCUUCUACAAAAGGAAAUAAUACACAAUGAAGUUUUUGGGUUCAUUGGUGGAGAGUUGGGGCUGACAGAAACCGAAAACAAAACUGACCUCAAAGUAACUGGAGAUAAUCCACUUCAUCUUGAGAUUGAUCUUGUCAGUCCCCUUAGACUGGUUCUUCUUGCCUCAGUUGCUUUCCAUGAACAGAUAAUCAAGCCUGGUUCGUCCACCUUGAUAACACUAUCACUUCUAUCACAGCUACCCCUUACUUUUGUGAUUGACCAAUUAGAAGUCCAGUUCAAUCAGCCCGCUUGUAACUUUAUUGUUGUGAAUUCUCAACAAGCACCAUCAGGUGCAAGUGGUGUAGACAGUCACCGAGUAGAGACUGCUCCCUCUUUGUCUCUUUCUUCAAAUAGAUGGCUGCGAUUGACAUAUGAUGUCAAACCUGAUCAAAGUGGAAAGCUUGAAUGCAUAUCUGUUAUUGCAAAAAUGGGGCCCCACUUCACAAUUUGUUGCAGAGCCGAAAGUCCUGCUUCAAUGAAUGAUUUGCCUCUUUGGAAGUUUGAAGACCGUGUGGAAACUCAUCCAACCAAGGAUCCUGCUCUGUCAUUCACUGGGCAGAAAGCUAUCCAGGUUGAGGAACCAGAACCCCAAAUUGAUCUUAACUUAGGUGCUUUUGGCCCUGCGUUUGUUGGAGAGAGCUUUCUGGUACCUGUUACUGUGACCAGUAAGGGCCAUGAUGUUCAUUCCGGUGAAUUGAAGAUCAAUCUGGUGGAUGUAAGAGGCGGCGGCUUGUUCAGUCCAAGGGAAUCAGAACAUAUCUCUAUGGAUAAUGCUCAUGUUGAACUUCUUGGCAUAUCUGGACCUGAAGGGGAAGAUGAAUCUGAUCAGGGUGUUGAGAAAAUCAAGAAAAUACAAGAAUCAUUUGGACUUGUUUCUGUUCCGUUUCUGAAAUGCAGUGAUUCAUGGUCUUGCAAACUGGAAAUCAAGUGGCACAGGCCAAAACCGAUUAUGCUCUAUGUAUCCCUGGGUUAUUCACCAGAUGGUGAUGAUUCAACUGCUCAUAAAGUUAACAUUCAUAAGAGCUUACAAAUAGAAGGAAAGACGGCGAUCUUAAUAAGCCACCGUUUUAUGUUGCCAUUCCGUCGUGACCCAUUGUUACUCUCGAGAACCAAGCCAGUCCCUGAGUCUGAUCAGCUGACAACACUGCCUUUGAACGAAACGAGUGUACUCGUUGUUGGUGCAAAAAAUUGUGCUGAUGUACCAUUGCAGUUGAUGUCCAUAUCUGUUGAAGCAGAUGAGGAUGACAUUGGAAUGUCGUGUUCUGUGCAACAUGGCAGCGACCGCUUAGAUCCUGCAAUUGUUGUGCCAGGAGAAGAGUUUAAGAAGGUUUUUAGUAUCACUCCAAAGGUGAAUCUUCCAAAGCUCCGAUUAGGAAAUGUAUGUGUAAGAUGGAGAAGAGAUUCUGGGACUGGAGAGCAACCUGGCUCAACAGAAUCUUCGGUUUUGACUAAACAAAUACUUCCCGAUGUGAAUCUAGAGUUGCCAUCUUUGGUUGUGAGCUUGGAAUGUCCUCCUUAUGGAAUUCUGGGAGAUCCCUUUACGUACUAUAUAAAAGUUCAGAACCAAACUCACUUGCUUCAAGAGCUUAAGUUGUCAUUGGCAGACGCACAAAGUUUUGUUUUGUGUGGGUCGCACAAUGAUACCAUCUAUGUUCUUCCAAAAUCUGAGAACAUCCUCAGUUACAAGCUUGUGCCACUCGCCUCAGGCGCGCAACAGUUGCCCAAAUUUACCGUAACCUCGGUUAGAUACUCGACGGCAUUUCAACCAUCGAAUGCUGUGUCGACUCUUUUUGUGUUUCCUUCUAAGCCUCAUUUCAAGAUGGUGGAUGUGGGAGAGAAACAGACAGAAUCCCUUGCAGCUGAAUAAAUGGAAUUUGAGAAGCAUAGCAAUCACAAAAAGGGGUUUUGAAAUUUUGACAACAGGUUCGGCUAUGACAUGUGCUUGGUUGGAUUUGGUCGUUGCAUGGUGACUGAAUACUCUACCAAGGACCAAGUGAAUCAUUAUUCUUGAAAAACUCCGCUUGAAAAGUGUAUUGCUAUCUGUGAAGAAAUUCAGACCAAUAAAUACUGGUUGCAACUAUGCGGGGAUCGAUUGAUUAAGUGGUGCUGGACAAUUCUUGACUUGGGAACCGAAGAUUCGUCGCGGUGCACGUGCUGCAGCUAAUACUAUAGGAAUGAGGGCAUGGUUGAAAAAGAAGAAAAGAGAACUCUAGUGCUACUAGUAAUUGAUUCUAGUACUAACACACACAGCUGGAAUAGAGAGGAUUCGGUGGGGGUGAUGAAUAACGCUAACAGGAUGUUCAAUGAAAAUUUGUUUUCCUGCUUCUGGGACAAGAGGAGUUUUGCAGUGAUUGUAUUUCAUUUCAUGGUGGUUGGUGUUUGAAACAGUCAACGGGGGAGCUAAACUGCUGAAAUAAUGGUACUUGGUACUUAAUACUGUUAUAUGUUUGGUGUCUGUGUAGUAUUAAAUUAUAUUCUAAUUCCAUCUUCGUAUUUCUAUAAUUGAAAGAUGAAUAUAACCAUUUCAAAAAAAUAAGAAAAUUUUUAUUUCAUAGAUUUUUUUUAUUUAAUUUAAGAAUGCUUCCAGAAUAGUGGAGGAUAGUAAUGCAGCUGCACCACACGUUGUUCACGUUCAUA